AGGACGACGACGCCCGCGGCACCGCGGUGGAGCUCCUGCGCGGCCGAGGGCGCCCGCCGCCCGAGGGCGAGGCGGAGGCGGACGGAGAGGAGACUCGAGGUCGCCAUCGUUCAUGACUAAGGCCAAGAGUGUCCCGAGCUACAUCGGGGCGCCCCCCGGCGUGACCGCUGGGGCAGGCCAUGUCAUAUCGCCAGACAGCGUGAUGAACAGUGGCCAGGUCCUCAAGGCCCACAGUUUCUGCGUCCCGAGCAGCUCAUCGGAGAACCACAGUCGGCAUGGGCAUAAAAACUGUCGGAGGUCCGCGCGAGUUUCUUGGGUCGGCACGGGACCCCCCCCUGGCGGCGCCUCCGGCGCGCCACAUUUGGCGCGCCCCGCGCGCUAGAGAGGAAUGUCGGCGCCCCGAUCCAAGAGAUCCACGCGGCCGUCCGAAGGUUUAGGGUCAUGUCGUUUGUGUCGUUCUUCUGGCUCAUGGGAGGGGCGUUUCGCUCGAUGCUGGGAGCGCCUUGAGGUGAGUCUCCUCGAGGCCCCGCGCCCGAUCCCGGGACUCCUGGGCGGGCUGGUGUCGAGCAAGGAGUUCGAGUUGUUGUCGGCAGUCGUGAUUUUGGCCAACGCGGUCUACAUCGCGUACGCCUCCGAUCUGGAAAUCGAUCAGAUCGGUCGUGAGGACUACACUAUCACCAACACCUGGCUCUGGGUAGAAAUUCUGCUCACUGCGUGGUAUGCUCUCGAGCUGGCUAUGCGGGGUUUUGUUUACCGCGUGCAUUUCUUCUUGAGCAGGGAUUUGAGUUGGAAUAUGUUUGAUACAGUCCUCGUCUUGUUGUCGCUCCAGGACAUAGUUAUGUCAGUUGGCUCGGCGAACCCAGCGUUCCUCCGCAUCAUGCGCAUCGGGCGCAUGCUGAAACUCUUGCGGGUGAUACGCUUGUUACGUGUAUUCCGUGAAUUGCGCCUCAUCCUGAACGCAAUUCUAGGUUGCAUGAAGUCGGUGUUCUGGGCGAUGAUACUGAUUGUUAACGUAUCGUUCAUAUUCGGGUUGUGCUUUCUGCAGGCCACUGCCGAUCACCUGCGCGAGCAGGGAGACGGCGUGGAUGCGACGACGAAGGUAUCUCUCUUGAAGUAUUGGGGCAAUUGCAGAAGCUCGAUGUACUCUUUGUACGCCGCCGCUUUGGGCGGCACUGAUUGGGACCUGAUGGUCAGCAGUCUGCGUCCGGUUGGAAGCGAGUUCGUCUUGUUGUUUUUGGUGUACGUCGGUUUUUUCUUUUGCGUUGUCACGAACACCCUGACGAGCUUGUUCGUAGAGGCCACCAUGGCCAACGCCCAGAGGGACCAACAGGAAGUAAUCCAAGCAGAGCUGGAGCAGAGACAGGUUUACGUCCAGCAGCUCCGAAGGUUUUUCCUCAAGUUUGACGGCCAGAACACAGGGGAGGUGACACUGGAAGACUUCUUGGAGCACGUUGAUGAUCCAGAAAUGAUCUGGUUUGCCUCGCAGCUGGGCAUCGAGUUGGUGGACGCGAAGCAGUUCUUCUCGGUCCUGUCGUCUGGAGGUCGCCUGAAGGUCAACCUGGAGGCCUUCGUGAUCGGCUGCAUCAGGCUGAAGGGCACGGCCAAGAGCAUGGACCUGAUGGACAUGAAGCUCACCCUGGAGCAGGAGGCCGCCGACGUGCGGCGCAGCCUCACGGCGAUGGAGACCCGGGGCAGGCUCGAGGCGGUCGCGAGCGCAGUGGGGGCGGCGUCGCGGGCGGCGCCCCGGGCGGCGUCGAAGGCGACAAGGACGGGAGCUCGGCAUCCACGCCGCGGUGUAGGGCGGCGCGCGGUGGGUCUUCGGGCGUUUUCGUCGUCUCGUGGCGGCCGUCCGCCCUCGGAAUGCGUUCCAGCGGCUGCGCCUCGUCGAGAGCGUUCCGGGGAUGCCCAGAUCGUCCCGAACGGCCGCCGGAGACCCGAGUUCUGAUCCGAAAACUGAAUUCGGCGGCGCUGGCUCCAGAGUUAGAUUGGCCCGCGCUGUUCCAGCAAGCGCUAGAGCACAGAUCAGCUCCUGUUUAGCCAAUGGCACGGCCUGGGCGUUCUGUUUCCUGGAGAGGGCCAGUGUGGACCGCAUCCCUCACCCGGACUGGUUUCAAGCAUAGUCGAAUUGCGCGCUUCUGCCUCACGUGCAAAAGGA